AUGCACUUCCUGCUGUUGGCGCUCGCGGCUGUGAUGGCCUCUGUGUCAGCCAUCACCGUCAAGCUUCCGCUCUACUCACGUGCAACGGAGCCCACUGUCCAGGGAAGUACCAGAUUCCGCCUGCCUGUCUCUGCCAGACAGUCCGAUAUCGACGGUGUCAAUGUGCCUGUCACGGACUGGUUCAGUCGGUCGGACAACCAGUGGUACACGACUUUCUCUAUCGGCACGCCGCCUGAGGAGUUAACUGCCUCGUUUGACACCGGCUCUUCUCGGUUCAUCCUGCCGCGGGUCAACUGCACCACUGGCACGUGCGCCAACCUGACUCUCUUCGAUCCCGACAAAUCCAGCACAUUCUCACCACUUCCCGGCACAGACGAACAGUCCACCUUCGCCACGGGUUCCGACUCAGUCCCGCUGCCCCGGCCAGAGGUGGUGACCUGCAGAUCCGUGCAUGACACGGUCUCUCUCGCAUGGGGUCAGCUGAAGGUCGAAAACCAGGGCUUCGCCUUGUGCGACACGUACACCGGGGCCAUGGGCGAAUCGAAAAUCUCGGGAAUCAUGGGUAUGGGGAUAUAUGACCCAUCGGCCAACGACACUCCGUGGUAUUGGAAUCUCGUCGAGGAUGGGCAGCUUGAAUCCCAUUUAUUCUCCUUCUACAUCCCACCUGCCGAACUCGUUGGCAAACUCGACGGCGGCCAGGUCACCCUCGGCGGAAUGGAUAUGUCCAAGGUCGACGGCGACAUCCACUGGACCAACCUUAGCGUCGACGCUACCCCCGAUGUCUACACAUACGUCCUCGACCAGUCCGCCAUCUACGCCGAUGGCAAGAUCCUUGACCCAAGCGUGCCCAACGCCAACUUGCCCAACGCGACCGCCUUCGGCUACGCCUUUCUGGACACGGGCACCGCCUUCAUGCAGACGCCUGACUUUGACACCGCCAAGGCCAUAUACGCCCAGAUCUCCCCAAACAUCACCCAGAUAGACCCGGCAGGGGCCUGGGGCGCCCCGUGCGGCCAAUUAGACAGCAUCGCACCCGACCUGACGUUCACGCUGGGGAACCAAACCGAGGCGUUGAACCUCACCAUCCCGAAGAAGUACUUCAACCUCGGCGAGUACCCAGGCCUGCCUGGGAUUUGCCAGGCCGUCUUCAACAACCCCACGGAUGGCAGCGAGACGUCUCUGGAUGAUGCUCCACUAUGGAUCGCUGGUUCGCCGCUGCUCGAUAAGUACUACACUGUGUGGGACGGAGUUGACUUGCGUAUCGGCUGGGGCAAGCUGUCGGGCCUGCCCGGCUUUAAUGGCAGUGACUCCACCUGA